UGCCACGCUCGCGUCGCGAACUCCACACAGUUUACUCACAACCGCGCCGGUCGGCUGUGCAACUUUUCUGUUGCCAGCUGCGUCGAUGUAGGUCGUGUGCGGAGGUCUACUAGCGCUUCCGCGAUGCAGGGCGCGUUCGAAAGGCUACAGCGAGUGGACUGGGGCGCCGUGAGGCGUGAUACCCACAACCUCUUCACCAAGCUCAUAAGAACCCGGGACCCGAAGGACUCUGAGUCCACGGAGAUCACCCUUCCCGGGAGGCAGCGUCUAUCGCGAUGCCUGACCACCAACGACUUGACAUCGCUGGGCGUGGGCUCAUGCGUGGGCACCGGCAUGUACCUGGUGGCUGGCAUGGUGGCUAGGAAGUUCGCUGGUCCGGCUGUCAUCUUUAGCUUCAUCAUCGCUGCUUUGGCCAGCAUCUUUUCCGGCGCAUGCUACGCCGAGUUCGGCGUUCGAGUCCCAAACACGACGGGCUCGGCAUACAUGUACUCUUACGUCACCGUCGGCGAGUUCGUCGCUUUCGUCAUCGGAUGGAAUAUGGUUCUGGAAUAUCUGAUUGGAACGAGUGCUUGCGCUCGCGCAUUGAGCGCUUGUUUCGACUCUCUGGUCGACGGCGCCAUUGCUCGCGAAUUCGCAUCGGCUGUUGGCACUGUUUAUGGCAAGCCUCCGGACUUCAUCGCGUUCGCUAUCACCCUGAUGAUGAUGAUGGUGCUCGUCGCUGGCGUGAGGAAGUCGAUCUUCUUCACCAAUGUGCUGAACGCCAUCAACUUGAGCGUCUGGGUGUUCAUCGUCACGGCUGGGGCCUUCUACAUCGAACCUAAGAACUGGAUGAAGAAAGGAUUCUUGCCGUAUGGAUGGAGUGGGGUGUUCAGCGGCGCCGCGACCUGUUUCUACGCCUUCAUUGGUUUCGACAUCAUCGCGACCACCGGCGAGGAGGCCAACAACCCCAAGCGCUCCAUCCCACUGGCCAUCGUGCUGAGUCUCGGCAUCAUCCUCUUGGCCUACGUCAGCACCUCCUUCAUCUUGACACUUGUUGUUCCCUUCGACGAGAUCGACCCCGACUCUGGCCUGGUGCAGAUGUUUGGAUACGUGCACGCACCCACGUGCAAGUACAUAGUCGCGCUCGGCGCCCUGGCCGGCCUCACCGUGUCCAUGUUCGGAUCCAUGUUCCCCAUGCCCCGUGUGGUGUACGCCAUGGCCUCUGACGGACUGAUCUUCAAGUAA